AUGGAGUACAUGCUCAAAGACUUGGCCAAGGCCCGCGUAGAGCAGACGCAGAACUCGUUCAAGAGCACAUCGUUCGGCUUAAGGACAAUGUUCAUUUACUGCAUUGAGAAAGUAUGUAUUCGCUCACAUCUCGCGUGA